UCCCUACAUCCUCUCAAUACACACAUAAACGCCAGUACUUCCCAACAUCCUUAUCUUCCUCAUAUUUCUAACCAGAGAAUAUUAGAUCAAGGCAACUUCAAGAAAACCUCAGAUCAGACAUAUCUUAAGCAUUGAAUCAUAGACAGACAUCAUCAUAAAAUGAUAGAGAAACAUGAAGAAAAUUUGCAGAGAAUGAAUAAUCAGCUACAACCAAUUGCAGCAGCUUUACCCCCUUCAGCUUCUUCAUCUCCUUCUCAUGAAUUCUCCUUCAUUUCUCUUCAUCCUCCAGCACCUGCAAAAGUCCUGGAAAAAAAUAAAAACCCUUCUUCAUUAGCCAUAGAUUUAUCUCCAGCAGAUGAUAUAUUUUUCCAUGGCCAUUUACUUCCUCUCCACCUCGUCUCCCACCUUCCAGUUUCGCCUCGUUCUUCGAUCAACUCUUUGGACAGUUUUACCCUACCUAUAAAAGAAUUAGAAUCCAUUCAAACAAUCUAUAGUACUGAUAUCAAUAUUGAUCACACGGUUGAUGCAAAAGGAAGAUCAAAAUCCAAGUCUUUUUCUCUGUUUAGUCUAUCGAAAUGGCGAAAAGAAGAAAAGAGCGACAGAGAGAGGCAGAAAAAGAAGUUAAAAUUCGAUAUAUCUCAGGUUUUGAAGAGAUACGCUAGAAUGGUUCGACCCCUUUUGUCCUUCAAAAGAGGGAACAAGUUUCCCAGGCAAUCCUAUUCAUUUUCAGGUAAUUUACGCGUUAGAGGGAAGCCAGAGUUAAGAGGAAGAAGAGGGGAGUUUUCGGCACCAGCUUCAAUGAAAGCAUCUCCAACAAACAGUGGUCGAUUAGUAGCAAAUGGAACUCUUACUCCUACUUCAGUAAGUGACAGUACUAUGGAAGAGUUGCAGAGUGCAAUUCAGGCAGCAAUUGCUCAUUGCAAGAAAUCAAUUGCCAUGGAUGAGAAAAUAAAAUCCCUUGAAUAAGUUUGGAAAUUCUUAUUUGUAGUAAUUUUUUACUUUUAAUCCAUGGGCAUGUUUGAUAUACCGUAUUUCACAAAAGUGGUCAAUAUAGCAGACGCGACUUUAGGGUUUCAUUUUCUUAUCGUCCAAUAAUGUAUAGUCGACUCUACCAAACAAUCGUCAUUAUUCAAUAAAUCAAUUGACAAUUCUAUAA